AUUCUCACUUGACAACUUGCCACGUUCGACACACUUCACCGAUUGCCAAUGGAGCCCAGCAACAACACACCGUUAGAGAACACACAGUGGAGCGCCUGCGGGCGUAAACUGCUCAAAGACGGACACAAUUUCUUCGUGCGCGGCGUCAACUACGCUCCCACGCCUAUUGGCAAACCCGGUCGACUGGACAUGCUGGGCGAGCCCACGAUCUUCCUGCGCGAUCUACAAAAUCUACGUCUCAUGAACGCCAACGCCGUCAAGACGUACGAUUUCUACAGCUACGUAGACCACCAGGCCUACCUAGACGCCGCCUACAACAACAACAUGGACCCGGUCUACACUAUCUUCUCUAUUUGGAUUGACCAGUCCAUGAUGCAGCCCGAUCUACCUGAGAGUAGUUCGGAGUUCCAGCACCUAGUGCAGGAAUACUACCUCAUGGCCAAGCAGACGGGUAACCACCCUGGCGUCAUGGGUUACUCCAUCGGUGGCGAAAUGAACAGCGUCACUGUCAUCCAGGACGAAUCCUUCUGGAGCAAAUUCCAUGCCCUUACGAACGCUGUGCGUCGUGGGCUGAAAGAAAAUAACAACGCACAAAAGAUUAUCACCACUACGUUUGUAGAUGACGGUGGAGAGACCUUCAGAGCCGGUGAGAAGCACAACGCCGACGUCGAUAUGUGGGGCUCCAACGUCUACCAGACGGACUACCCUGGAUCAGUGAUCCCCAAGUUCCAGGCAGUCCCCGGCGGUAAGCCACUGCUCGUGAGUGAGUACGGAUACCCGUAUGCAUCCGAUAAGGGCAUCGGUAACACUCUGCAGCUCAACUACGUGGCAGAUCUGCUGACUCAGCAGACUCUCGCCUUACAGAAUAACUUCCAACAAACUGACGGAGUCAACGAGCAAGUCAUUGUGGGCGGAUUCGUGUUCGAGUACAGUGACGAGUGGUGGAAAGCUGGCAACCCGGAUGAACACAACUUGGGGAUAGUUAAGAACGGCCAGUUCCCGCUUGGGUACCUGUCGGAAGAGUUCUUUGGACUCUACAGUGCCUCACGUGCUACGUCGGACACGUUGCCCAAUGUGCUACGCGCGAGACCGACGGUGUCGAUGCUUACGACCAUGUGGGGCAAUGGAUCUUUGACCACAGAGGGAGAUAUCAUCACGGACUGCAGUGAAUCUAUGAUGAUCCCUACUACCUCGAACAAUGUGGUGCCUGCUGAGAGUACCACGUCGUUCUCAGACUUUAUGAUGCUGGGUCUGUUCGGUGGCGUAUUCUUCUUCCUGCUGGUUGCUAUCCGCACACGUGUGCGUCGUAUGAAAUACCACAAGUUGUCGCCUCGUAAGGUGUCGAUACCGCGUUACCAGGCUACCGAGAUGUCGCCUCUGAAGCAGAACAUCGACCACCAAGUGGUUUAAACUGAUUUUUGGAGUUUGAAGUCUUUGUUAGGUGCAAGGACUAUGCUGGUAAGCCUAACAUGUCUUGAAGUACUUGAUAAUAUAUGAAGAAAACAACAGGAUAGUCUUCUUCAAUCGUGCCAGCUCACUCAACAUGAUGGCGGCACUGGCGUUCCGGUAAAACGUGACAGUAGCUGAAGAGCGUUGCCAUUCGGUGUACGCCAGUCUGCGCACAACAAGCCAUCCGUGUCUCCUCCGUUCGGAUUCACACACCAGAAUAUGACACCGCUGACGCCAAUCUGCUGCGCGUACUCAGCAAACCGCGACUGCCAGAUCCAGUCUUUUGGGUUGUCAUGGCGACCACCCCACUCGCCAAUCACCAGCGGUACCUCCGACUGCUGCUUGAGAUAUCCGAAGUGGGUAUCCCAGACUCGAGGCAUAUUAGCUGGAAAGUCCUCUGCAUUGAAAUAGGGCUGCCACGACACUGCAGGCCCGUACGUGUGUGGGCAAUAAACUAGUCGAUUGUCCACACAUAGCUUUACUGGGUGUUGACCAACAGCUUGUAGAUCCUCGCCCCAGAAGCAAGGCAUCUCAUGUCCAGCAUCACAGCUCGUUGUCUGUACCCCCUCCACAAAGAUCAGCCAGUGAGAACACACCGUAAGCACCUUCUCAGCUAGUCUCAUUGCAGCGAGUCUCCAGUCCGUCUUGAUGUCUCCCGAGCCCCAAGUUGCCUCUCCAUGAGGCUCAUUGUUGAGAUCAGCUCCUAGUACGUUCCAUUGAUUCGCAUAUCUCGACGCCAGUGUCGUCCACAUCUGCUCUACCACAGUUUCCGGACAGCACUGGCUAUCGUCAUACCACAAUGGGGUAAUUGCGCCAGCAGGCUGCAUCACAUGAGCGUCUAGCAGCACCAGUAGAUCAUGGCGCUCCAGCUCAUGGAUUACGUAGUCCAGCACGUCCAGGUAGCGCAACUCCCGCCCUUCAAAGGCCUUGAGUAAUGCCGUCUCAUUGCCCAUCUUGUACCUGUCCACCUCGAUGUUAUUCGCCACUGCAGCCACCGCCAGGGGAAUACGAACGAGAUUGAAGCCGUUCGAGCGCAGUAGAUGCGCCACCGCAGCCAGUG